AUGUAUCCUUACCCUGCCAACUCGGCUACCGCAAACAACAACAUGAUCGCGCCGAUGUACGGAAAUCAAGGCUAUGAUUUUUACAGAGCCGGUGCGUCUCCUUAUUCUUCAGUUCAUUUCCCUGUGUACCCUUCACACGGACAGUAUCCAUCAAGGCAAGAUCGCCUUUAUCCGCCUAUUCCGCGGUCACAACAUGUGCCUCAUCAGAGACACGAGAUGGUUAAGCCGCCGUACUCCUACAUCGCGCUCAUUGCCAUGGCCAUCCAGAGCGCGCCAGAGAAGAAAAUAACAUUGAGCGGAAUAUAUCAAUUCAUCAUGGACCGAUUUCCGUACUACAGAGAGAAUAAACAAGGCUGGCAGAACUCGAUUCGUCAUAAUCUCUCCUUAAAUGAGUGCUUCGUAAAAGUCCCAAGAGAUGAUAAGAAGCCUGGCAAAGGAAGUUUCUGGAGUUUGGAUCCGGACAGUUUGAACAUGUUUGAAAAUGGAAGUUACCUGCGAAGGAGAAAGCGUUUCAGGAAGAAAGACAAGACGUUAUCAGAGAGCAGCAACGGUUCCGAAAAUCAGGACAAAAAAGAGCAUGGCACUUCCGCCGACACAAAGACAACAAGCUCUGAAAAACCAGCAACAACUUCCGCUCCUCAAGAAAGCUCUAAAGAGCGUGAAACUUUGUCAUCCAACACCCAAACAGCUCGCUCAGAAUCACUAGAUUCCUCUAAAUCAGAGAGUAAAAUUCCUUCAUCAAAAUCCAGUCCAACAUCUUGCAAACGAGAGUGCAUGGUUAGCGCCGAAGAAUCUAGUAAUUCGCCUGGUGAAAUCAAUGAGAAUACAAGCGCCUCCACACCGCCAUCCUUCCCCACUGUUCCUCCUUGCACCAUCUACGAGAACGCAUACACGAUCAACUACCCUUCCUAUCCACAAAAUGGGCAGCAAGGCGGUGGCAACUACUCGGGCCCUCCAUAUGCAAUUUGUCACUCUCCCUCCUACUCAAGCACCAACACACCCAACAGCAGAGCUUACCUCCAUCGUUACGAUCCUCAGAUGGGCUCGGAGCACCCACCUAUGACUCCCGGCCGAUACUCACCUCAUCUGAGCCACUACAAUCAGCAAGCCACCCAGAGUCCGCACGUAGAUGAAGUAGCCGUUCACCGCCAGCCUCACGCUCAGUACACUGCCGAGUACGAACCCACCGUAGCAAGACCCGGGCCUUGGUAUUCUUCUCCCAGCUAUUCUGGAGGUGAACCGCCUGUCACCAGUGCGCCACACGGCAACUGCUUCCCAAAUGUGCGCGAAAUGUUUGAGUCGCAGCGUCUGAUCACUCCUGGUAGUAGCAGUGGCCAAGCUGUACCAGCCAUGCAAGCCAAUCAAGGUCAGUUUGGAAGUUCUAGUGCCUCUUAUCACACUGCGCCAGUGCCUCAGUAUACUCUAUGAUUUUUGAACGCGUCUUAGAGUAAUCAUGUUUAUUCUGGACACUUUGAGGUUUAGCACUUCUCUCACGGACGGAAACAUACAAAGCUACUUAACUUUUUUGUACAUUUUACCCUUUUAGAACUGGGACAGAUGUGUACAGAAAAAGCAAUUAUUUGUAUCCGAGACGUUAUUUAGAAAACUGAUGGCCAAGGAAAUACUUUCAAAAAUUUAUAGAACGAUUAUCAAGUAUAUACAGUUUAAGCUUUGGCCUUUUCGAACGGCAGUGUUUUCUGAGUUUUGUUUUUAGCGCCAAGUUAGUUUGACAGUUGAUUUGCGAACCGGUGAAGUUUGUUUUUUGUUAGGCUUAGUAGCAACAUUCAUUGUUUUCUUUCAACUCGCCCUUCACAAGGUCUCUGUGAUAUGUCACCCGCCGGGCUCCCCGUACUGAGAGAAUAA